AUGGAGCUCCUCAGACCACUCGCUGCCCUGUGCGUCUUGGCCGGCUUCGUCGCCGCGGCAGUGGCCACGGAGGUGGUGGAGAUCGAGGCGGCGGAGGUGGAGGCACGGUCCUCAAACAUCGUGCACGUCGCGGCGGCGCACGCGCCACGGCUGCCACGCCGCGGCCUGCUGACCACCCAGGCAUACGGCUCCUUCCUGCGCGACCACAUCCCCGCCGAGCUCUCCAGCCCGGCGCCGACGGUGCUCUACUCCUACUCGCACGCCGCCACGGGCUUCGCGGCGCGCCUCACGGGGCGCCAGGCCGCGCACCUCGCGUCCUCGGCCUCCGUGCUCGCCGUCGUGCCCGACGCGAUGCUGGAGCUGCACACCACCCUCACGCCGUCCUUCCUUGGCCUCUCCCCGUCCUCCGGUCUGCUCCCGGCGUCCAACGGCGCCGCCGAUGUCGUCAUCGGGGUCAUCGACACCGGCGUCUACCCGGAGGGCCGCGCGUCCUUCGCCGCCGACCCGUCGCUGCCGCCGCUGCCGCUCGGCAGGUUCCGCGGCGGGUGCGUCUCGGGGCCGUCGUUUAACGGCUCGGCGCUCUGCAACAACAAGCUCGUCGGCGCCAAGUUCUUCCACAAGGGACACGAGGCUGCGCGUGGCCGUGUGCUCGGUGUGGACUCGGAGUCGCCGCUUGACACUAGCGGCCAUGGUACGCACACCGCCUCCACCGCCGCCGGCUCUGCUGCUGCCGACGCAGGCUUCUACGGCUAUGGCAGAGGAAAAGCGGUCGGCAUGGCCCCGGGCGCGCGCAUUGCCGUCUAUAAGGCGUGCUGGGAGGAAGGGUGCCCGAGCUCUGACACCCUCGCCGCAUUUGAUGAGGCCAUUGCGGACGGUGUCGACGUUAUCUCGGCGUCGCUCAGCGCCGGCGGCAAGGCCCCUGACUUCUAUGCCGAUAUCAUCGCCGUGGGCGCGUUCCAGGCCGUCAGCAAAGGCAUCGUCGUCUCAGCCUCUGUGGGGAACUCCGGCCCCGGAGAGUACACCGCCGCCAACAUAGCCCCGUGGUUCUUAACAGUGGGCGCGUCCACGCUCAACCGCCAGUUCCGGGCAGACGCCGUCCUCGGCAACGGCGAGACCUUCACGGGUACUUCUCUCUACGCGGGCAAGCCGCUGGGCGCGACCAAGAUGCCACUCGUCUAUGGAGGGGACGUGGGCUCGAAAAUAUGCGAAGAAGGGAAGCUGAACACCACCAUGGUAGCCGGUAAGAUCGUCGUGUGCGAUCCCGGCUUGUUCGCCCGGGCUGCGAAAGAACAAGCCGUCAAGCUCGCCGGCGGUGCCGGAGCGAUCUUCGGUAGCAUCGAAUCAUACGGCGAGCAGGUUAUGAUCAGCGCCAAUGUCAUCCCCGCUACAGUCAUCCCAUUUGCGGCCUCCGAGAAGAUCAAGAAGUACAUCGAAGCGGAAGCGUCCCCUACCGCGACGAUUGUGUUCCGCGGCACCGUCGUCGGCCGCCGGACGCCGCCGUCCCCUAGGAUGGCGUCCUUCUCGAGCCGCGGGCCCAAUGUCCGCGCGCCGGAGAUCCUCAAGCCGGACGUGACCGCGCCCGGCGUGGACAUCCUGGCCGCAUGGACAGGCGCCAAAUCGCCCACCGGCCUCGCCAACGACGCAAGACGAGCGGAAUACAACAUCGUGUCGGGCACGUCCAUGUCAUGCCCGCACGUGAGCGGCGUGGCCGCUCUGCUCCGGCAAGCGAGGCCAGAGUGGAGCCCCGCCGCGAUCAAGUCCGCCCUGAUGACGACCGCUUACAACGUGGACAGCGCCGGCAGCGUCAUCGGCGACAUGUCCACCGGCGACGCGUCCACGCCGUUCGCGCGCGGGGCCGGGCACAUCGACCCCAACCGCGCCGCGAAUCCGGGCCUCGUGUACGACACCGGCACGGAGGACUACAUCGACUUCCUGUGCGCGCUCGGGUACACCGCCGAGCAGGUGGCCGUGUUCGGGUCGUCCGCCAACUGCUCAGCUCGCACGGGCUCCUCCGUCGGCGACCACAACUAUCCGGCCUUCUCGGUUGUGUUCACCCCGAACAAAACGGCAGCCGUCCGGCAGCGCCGCGUCGUGCGCAACGUCGGCGGCGAUGCCAGGGCCACGUACAGGGCCAAGGUGACCGCUCCGGACGGCGUACGCGUCACGGUGGCACCUCGGACGCUGCGGUUCAGCGCGAGACGGAGGACACGCGAGUACGUGGUCACCUUUGCGCGGCGUAGCUUGGGGAGCGUCACCAAGAAUCACACGUUCGGGUCCAUCGAGUGGAGCGACCGCAAGCACUCGGUGACGAGCCCCAUCGCCAUCACCUGGCCGGCGAGCCAGGUUGCGGUUGCGGAGAUGUGAAUGUGAUUGGUCGGUCUUUGGUGUCUGUCUGGGAGGUACACCACGGCGCUCGAUCCAGAGCUUUGAGGAAGACGACGAUGACCCCGGGCUACAACGUCAACACCACCGAUUAGUGUGGGCUGUAGUAGAGCAAGUUGACAUGAGCUACCCUAGAGAUAAUGUGUGCUUCCACUAAAGUAGUGGUGUAACUGAGCUACCCUAUAGAUAAAAAGAAAUACCAUUGGCCAUGUA